CUUAGCGAAGUAAGAUACGAUGGUGUAUCGUAAGUUGUGAAUCUGCUUCGAGCAUGAGAGUAUAUCGUCAGUAAUAAUUGAGUCCUGCAAGUUCAAGUAGUGAAUUCCCAUGUGAUCAUGUACCGUAAUUCAAAAGUUGGUGAAAUUUUGAAAUAAAUUGUUUUUUUUUUUCAAAAGUGAUUUAAUGGAAAAAUCCAAGGAAAAUAAAGGACGCAAAAAAUUACUUCGAUCGAAUCACGAUACGCUUUGUGAUCAUUUUCGCUGUAACGUAUCAUAAAAGUGGAAGGAACGUGCGUGAUAAUAUAUAUAAAUAAUAUAUAGCGAUCCAGAAGAAUGAAAUGUUCGCGGUCAAACAAUUUAAUGCCAAAACAAGGUCACAUUUGUUUGCUGUUUUUUUCUUUGCAUCUCUCCAAUGUUCAUACUCAAAGCCUGCCAGUGAUUCGAACUUAAUUUACAAUUUGACCGCGUCAGUUAUCGAAGAUACAACUUACAUCGAAAACUCCGAUGACCACGGUCCUCUCAAGCUCAACAUCACCUGGGACACUUUCGUAAAUGAUCGUAAGCCUUCCUCUUACAGUAUUCUGAUAACGUCGUUGAACAAACACGACGACGCGAGCUUGUGUCCCGAGGAAACGCUUUUUUACACAACAAGAGACGCAGACCGAUGUCAAGUUAUAUUGCCGGAAAAUCAAUUUUUCUCCGACGCUCCGGAACUCAGUGUACGACCGUCUUGCACUUAUGGAAUUCAAGUUUUCGCCAAUCCGCGAAACAACCCCAAAACCAAAGUGCCAGAGGUAAUAUUGAAAAUUCCUAAAUGUGUUGGGGGCUGGUGUGGCUGUGAAAAAGCCCAAGAAUACUUGCCCGUACCGGAAGUAGAAAUUUCAGUUCAAUCCUCAGAAUACAUUGGUAUUAAAUGGACGGUAGAGUCACCAGAUCCUCGAGUGCAUUCAUACGUCGUGAGCUUCGGACUGCCAUUUUUGAUAUCGAACAAUCGUCUCCCGGUUUACAACAUCUCGAAGAUCGCUGCUGUGCCUCCGACCGUAUUUUCGUACACUUGGCCUUUGAAUAGCACCGAUUUCGAUGUUACGAAAGGAGGCAGCAAGUUUUACGUUGCUGCCGAAGACAUGGUCGGAUGUUUAGGAAAGCCUGGGGCAACUUUGGUGGAAAUUCCCGUUGAAGCGUUGGCUUCGGUGCAACGAAAUAGCCACUUCCAGUGGCUCGUAUGGCUCUCCUUCAUCGCCAUGUCCUCAGUCAUAGUGGGAUUCGCAGUCACAUUUAUUUACAACCGAAGCCGAAAGAAGUACCAAUUUUUAUGGGCUGAUCGAGGAGCGUCACGAUUUCACGAUCUCGUUGGCCUCUCGAGACUCAGAUCGCAGUGGGCAGAUUCAACGCUGCGAGAACGCAACGUUCUUUACAUCGAGCAAGAAAUCCAGAACGCUAUAAAUCGAGGUCAAGCAGACGAGUUCGAGGUCUCGUACAAAAGAUUGAAGUUCAUACGUGAAUUGGGCAAAGGCCAGUUCGGCAAGGUUUACCUCGGGACUCUCGAAGGAUUUCGUCCGUCAUUGGUCGCGAUCAAAAUAUCCAACUGUUCCGAUCCGAAAGCAGAGCCUGAAGCGCGACGACAAUUACUCGCUGAAAUAGAAACGAUGAAAAGUGGAGGAAAUCAUUCGCAUCUAGUGCAAUUGAUAGGAACUUGCACGUUACCGGAGAAUCCGAUAUGCGUGAUAUUGGAGUACGUCGAAGGCGGUGAUCUGCUGAGGCAUCUUCAUCGUCUUCGUGACGGUUUAAUGGGAUACGAUCAAAUUUGCAAUCGCAGUGUCGCGUCGUCGGGAAGACAACGACCCAGUUUUUCUGAGACCGUGUACACGACGCUGGAUAAUGAAUCGCCGACGAGCAAAACGUCUCCGGAAUUCCGGAGGGAGCAACGAUCCAUGAAUGGUGUCAAAGAAAAGGAAGAAACUUGUGCAAAUAUCAGCGAAGACAAAUUCAACGAUUCUUUGGAUGGAUGUAACGGUAUGGACGGAUAUCGAUUCGCCUCUUUCGCGUUAGACAUCGCACGUGGAAUGGAACAUCUCGAAGCUAAGGGAAUCAUUCACAGGGAUCUUGCUGCUCGGAAUAUUUUGCUCACUUCAGACAUGACCCUUAAGAUAUCAGACUUCGGCCUUUCGCGAAACGACGGUGUUUACGUAAUUGGGAAGGGCGAAGGGGGAGUGCGAAGACUCCCGGUACGUUGGAUGGCGCCGGAGGCGCUUCGCGAUCGUGAGUUCACGUCGAGAAGCGACGUUUGGUCGUUCGCCGUAGUCUUGUGGGAGAUCGGUACGUUAGGAGCUUUCCCAUAUUCCGAGAUCCAGGACGAUCAGUUAUUGCGUCACGUACUCCGGGACGAAGGUCGUUUGGAAAGGCCGGCAAGCGUGUCAGCUGAAUUUUACGAUUUGAUGCGUUCCUGCUGGUCAUCCAGUCCGAAAAAUCGACCGAGUUUCGCCCAAAUCGUCCAACGGCUGCUGCACCUCGAUGAGCCAUCGAACUACUUUACGGCGACAAAUCCCUGUUAUUCCUUGCUGCCGACUGUAACGCCGAUGGAUUCAAUAAAUCGAUGAAAUACGUUUUUUU